AUGGAAUCUGACAAAAAAUGUACUGGAUGUAAGAAAUCAACAAAUAGUACAUUAUCUUGUCCAAUAUGUAAAAAAGUGAAUAAAAUUAGUAUCUUCUGUUCCCAGGAUUGUUUUCAGCAAUCCUGGAAUCUCCAUGAUUUAAUACAUAAAAUGGAAAUUAUGAACCUUGACUCCAAAGGGUCUCCCGAGGCCGACUUUUACCUCAAGAAGUUUAGAAACUUUAAAUUCACUGGAGACUUACGGCCAUGGCCUGUUACUGACAUGAAAAAGGUGCCCAAACACAUUCCAAGGCCUGACUACGCUGAGGAUGGAAUUCCUCACUCAGAAAUUAACGAAAAAUACUCUAACGCAAUUAAGGUUCACGACCCUCAAACCAUCAAAAAAAUAAGAAGAGCUUGUUUACUUGGUAGAAAGGCUUUAGAUUUGGCUAACAGUCUUAUUAAACCUGGAAUUACUACUGAUGAAAUUGACACUAAAGUCCAUGAAUUUAUCGUUUCUCAUAAUGGUUACCCGUCACCACUUAACUACUACAACUUCCCCAAAUCCAUUUGCACUUCCGUAAAUGAAGUCGUUUGUCAUGGAAUUCCUGAUCUUAGACCAUUGGAAGAGGGUGAUAUAGUAAAUGUUGACAUUUCUGUGUAUUUAAACGGUGCUCAUGGUGACUUGAAUGAGACAUUUUAUGUUGGAGAAGUGGAUGAUGACUCAAGGAGGCUGACUGAGGGUACCUACGCUUCACUAAUGGAGGCAAUUAAACAGUGUAAACCAGGAAUGUAUUAUCGUGAAAUUGGUAACAUUAUCAACGACGUAGCUGAUAAAUUCGGAUUAUCUGUCAUUCGUUCCUAUUGUGGUCAUGGUAUCGGUACCGAGUUCCAUUGUUCUCCUAAUAUACCUCAUUACAGAAAAAAUAAAGCCAUUGGAGUUUUGAAGCCUAAUCAAGUGUUCACUAUUGAGCCAAUGUUAAAUCUGGGCACUUUUAGGGAUGUAAAAUGGCCUGAUAAGUGGACUGUCGUAACAACUGAUGGUAAAAGGUCCGCUCAAUUUGAACAUACACUCCUCGUUACCAAUACAGGAGUUGAGGUAUUGACUAAGAGGUUGGAAUCUUCGCCUCCUUUGGGUUUUGACACAACAAUGUUUUAG